AAAAUCCUAUGAUGUCUUUACAUACCGCGGCAAUUGAUUCAAAUUUAUAUACUUACGAAUAUUUUCAACAAGAAGAUGUAUGUAGGCUCUGUUUUAGCAAACACGCCGAAAGAGAAAUUAUUUCAAAAGAUUCAGACGAUAUAUCUUUUAUUAAAAACCAGUUAAUCGAUAAAAUACUUUAUUGUUUAAAUAUAGAUGUAACAGAACUGAACCAUCCGAAUAAAGUGUGUGAAAACUGUAUCGAUGUACUAGACAAAUUUUACGAAUACAAAAUCUUUUGUAGCGAAAACGAUGGAAAGCUUCGUGAAGUUUUAGCAGAAAAAUCAAAUGUCGAUAAAACAGACGAAACUUGUGCAGUUAAAGUAGAAAACAAUGAUACAUUUGAAUUAGAAAACUCUGAAUAUUUCGAUACUUAUUUUCUCGAUUUAAAAAACACAGAUCUGAAUUUAGCUUCAGAAACAUUAACAACACAAGUGAUGGACAAAAAAACCAAAAUAAAAUCAAAUUAUAAGCCUGUACGUACACUAACUUACUGCAAUAUCUGCAGAAUUGACUAUGAAACUGUAGAAAGUUUUACGGAACAUAACUCUACAUAUCAUGGAAUUGAAAAUGAUCUUUACAAGUGUUUUGGCUGCGAAAAGAAAUUUAAAAAUAGAAAGACUAGAUUAGGCCACGAGAUAAAUUUCUGUAAAGGUUUAAAAGAUGGCUAUCAAUGUAAUAUUUGUAACAGAUACCUACCAAAACGGAGAAUUUAUGAAAAUCAUAUGCGGGCACAUAGAUACAAUGUUGUUGAGGAGAUAUCGGAUGAUAUUUUUAAAUGUUUGAAAUGCUACAAAGUGUUUAAUACAAAAACAAAUUUAAACAAACACAUUGAAGAGCAUAAUGUAGAGAAGAAGAAUUUUGUUUGUGAGAAUUGUGGCCGUGUGUUUACUAGACAGGACUAUCUAUACAAACACAAAUUGAUACACACAGGAGUUAAACAGCAUGUCUGUGCGCAGUGCGGCUUCGCAACUACUCAGAAGUCUUCCCUCACUGUACAUAUCAGGAAGCAUACAGGAGAGCGUCCAUACGAGUGUGACUUGUGCCCUCAACGCUGCGUGUCCAGCUCUAAUCUACGUGCCCAUCGCAGGCGGCAUCUCGGCCUCAAGAACUACGAGUGUACAAUAUGCAGCAAGAAGUUUGGUUACAAGGUAAGUUUAGAAGAACACGUGGCGUCAACGCACGAACGUGCAAACAGCCACGCCUGUGGACAGUGCGGUGCUGCGUAUACACGACCGCGCGGUUUGCGUCGCCAUGUUCUCACUAAACAUACUAAAGUCAAUACAGAUUUAUACAAACUUAACGAGAAGGUUGAAGAAGAAGAUGUAGAUCCGGAAUAUGAAAAUACUCAAGAUGUGUUUAUUGUAUAA